GCCCCCUUAGGAGGGGACUUUGGGGAGCGCUGGGUCGUAUCCCCUGGGAGAGGCAGCAUCUGCCUGCCCCAUCCUCAGCAGUCUCCUGGACAGCCGUGUCACUGCUUUCUCCUGGUAAAAACUUUUUUUUUUUCCCUUAUCUGAGAGUUGUUCCUCUAUGCCGAGGAUGCACGACCUGGGAGGUCUCGCCUCGCUUCUCGAAGGCGCUGCGGCGAGCGAUUAAAUAAUAAAAAUGAAGCUCUUGGGGAGACCGAGGGAAGGCUUUCUGGCGUGGAAGUGCCGGGCACUAUUUAAACAUCGAUGUUGUGCGUGGAGUGCUGCUCGUCUGCUGUAACCUGGCUGUAGGGAAAAUACACGUGGUGCUUUGCCUUUGUUUGCUGCAAUUUGUAAAUAAGUGCCAAGAAAAUGAGGAUUUGGUUGUAAAGAUGUUUUCAAGGCCACGUAUGUAUUUUUUCUAAGGAGAAUCGGGGCAGACAAGCUGACAAUUUAAUGGUGCAUGAUGCACUAAUAAAAAUGUCUGUGUGGUUGCCUUUAAUCCUUUAAAGGAGAGAAAAGAAACACAGCGGUUAUCAGCAUUCAAAAGGCAAGAUGCAGGCUUAAAUGUAUGCAAAGCCUUGGAGAGGGACUGGAGAAAUGUACUGACUGUGUUGCAGAAAGCUUCUGACAGGCGCAUCGUAUCUUUGAAAGUAAGAUUUGAAUUAUUAGAGCUGCCUUUGUUUAUUAAAUUGAGCCUCCAGCGAGAGGAUUAUAGGAAGAAACACUGAGCCAGCUCAAGUUGCAUUGGCAUAAAUUUUAAUGGGUGAUAAAAUUUACUUCAUUGAGCUAAUUCAGUGAGAAAAUUCAAAUAGAUUUUUAAAAAAUAAUCCAGGUGUGCAUUAGGUACCUUUAAAAAAAAAAGAAAAAGGACUUCAAAUGCACGAAUAAGCCUCCUUUUGUGGAAUCCAGUGUGCUUUUAGCGGAGGGUAAUCCUUUUAAGACAAGACUACUUCAAGGCGAGCUCCAACAGAAGAGGUUUUGUUUAAUUUUAAAUUGGGAAUGCAAGGGAAGGAGGCAGGAGGGCUAAUAGGAGCAUAAUUAUACAUGCUACUGCCAAGUUGAGGAAGGGCAGAGACCAUUAAAAUGCCAUUUUAGGAGUUAAUUAUACGGUGGGUCAAGUUGAUGCUGGCGUCCCGAGUUCUGUUUAAUCCACGUGUAUCUGGUGUGUUGAGGAUGUUGCCUCCGCGCACCUAAUUCCUAUUUCGAGAAACUUUUGGUUACGAAACGCUGUCAGAAACCUUCCAGCCUCUGCAGGCUUUGUGCCCGUUGGCCUUGAUUAGGAAAUAUGCAAAAGCAAUAAGGGAGAUGGAAAAACCUCGGCGAAUAUUUUGGGGCCGGCACACAUGCCAUAAAUAAAGCGUUGCGGUGGAAUUUGGUUAGUUAAAUCUUUCCUGAAGCUCGUUUAAUAAUUCCAGAGCCUCUGCUACUGCUCCGACGUAGCCGGCUGUAAUUUGUUUCAAGGUUAGGCUUUGCCUUGUGCUUUAUUAGCUUUUCAGUUUAUGUUCUUCCACUCGUGCAGUUCCUCAAGUGAAACUACAUAAUGGGGCAGCUAAAAGUGAGCUCCUUUAAAUAUGGGCUUUAAAUUGGAAUUCUUCGGGAGCGUCUAAUGAAAGCUCUGCAUGAGGCAGAUGCCGGGAUUUGCUCUUCAAUUGGUGAGAUUGUGGUGGGGAGAGCAGAUUAGGCUCCUUCGCCGCUGCCUGGAGGAAGUGACAUUUAUGCUCUUGAUCCUUCAGUGAUUCUGCAUGUCAAGAGCUGAGCCUUGAAAUUCGUCAGCAGUGCUGUCUUAAGAGCAGACAGGACUGAGAAAUCGCAGAGGGAAAUCUCGCUGGGUCGCCCGCCGAUGUAUUUUUGAAGCUGAAACACCCGAGCCGCGUUAGAAUUCGGAGACCUCCCUUUGCUUAAGGUAUGGUGUGAAUAUGCGUUGCCUGGCAGCUCGGGUCAACUACAAGACUCUGAUCAUCAUCUGCGCCCUCUUCACGCUGGUGACGGUGCUGCUGUGGAACAGAUGCUCCUCGGACCGGGCCGGCCCGUUCCCCCGCAGCCCCGGCAGCCUCGAGCGCCGCGGGGCCGCCGCCAGCAAGGGUCCCGUGCGCGACGCGGCCCGGCAGAGCGAGGAGGCUUCGCCCCAGGAGCAGCAGAAGGCUCCCCCUGUCGUGGGAGGCUUCAACAAAGCCCCGGGGCUGAAGUAUGAGGAGAUUGACUGUCUGAUCAACGACGAGCAUACCAUCAAAGGGAGGAGGGAAGGCAGCGAGGUCUUCCUGCCGUUCAGCUGGGUAGAGAAAUACUUUGAGGUUUAUGGGAAAAUUGCUCAGUACGAUGGUUAUGACAGGUUUGAAUUCUCUCAUAGCUACUCCAAAGUAUACACACAAAGAGCACCUUACCACCCGGACGGGGUCUUUAUGUCCUUCGAGGGCUACAACGUAGAGGUUCGAGACAGAGUAAAGUGCAUAAGUGGUGUUGAAGGUGUACCGUUAUCCACCCAGUGGGGACCUCAAGGCUAUUUCUAUCCCAUCCAGAUUGCACAGUAUGGGUUAAGUCACUACAGCAAGAACCUGACGGAGAAGCCACCUCACAUCGAGGUGUACGAAACAGCUGAAGACAAGGACAAGGCCGGCAGGUCCGCGGAGUGGACAGUACCGAAAGGCUGUUCUCUUUCCACGGUGCCCGACAAAGCCAAGUUCACAAGCGUUAAGCAGUUUGUUGCUCCAGAAAAUACCGAGGGGGUAUCUCUGCAGCUUGGGAACAGCAGAGAUUUUAUUAUCUCUUUCGAUCUCAAAUUCAUAACGAACGGGAGCAUUUCCGUGGUUCUGGAAACAACAGAGAAGAACCAGCUCUUCACCGUGCACUACGUCUCCAACACGCAGCUCAUCGCUUUCAAGGACCGGGACAUCUACUACGGCAUCGGGCCCCGGACCAGCUGGAGCACCGUCACCAGAGACCUGGUGACCGACCUGCGGAAGGGAGUGGGCCUCUCCAACACGAAGGCCGUGAAGCAGACCAAAAUCAUGCCUAAGAAGGUGGUCAGGCUGGUAGCAAAGGGAAGGGGCUUCCUCGACAACGUCACCAUAUCGGCCACGGCUCACAUGGCAGCUUUUUUCGCUGCGAGCAGCUGGCUGGUGAGGAACCAGGACGAGCGGGGCGGCUGGCCCAUCAUGGUGACGCGGAAGCUGGGGGAAGGCUUUAAGUCCUUGGACCCGGGCUGGUACUCGGCCAUGGCCCAGGGCCAGGCCAUCUCCACGCUGGUCCGGGCCUACCUGCUGACGAAGGACCACACGUUCCUCAGCUCGGCCCUGCGGGCCACGGCGCCUUACAAGCUGCCGUCGGAGCAGCACGGGGUGAAAGCCGUGUUCAUGAACAGGCACGACUGGUACGAGGAGUACCCCACCUCGCCCAGCUCCUUCGUGCUCAACGGGUUCAUGUACUCGCUGAUCGGGCUCUAUGACUUGAAGGAAACGGCCGGGGAGAAGCUGGGGAAGGAGGCGCGGGUGCUCUACGAGCGGGGCAUGGAGUCCCUGAAGGCCAUGCUGCCCCUCUACGACACCGGCUCAGGGACCAUCUACGACCUCCGGCAUUUCAUGCUCGGCACCGCUCCCAACCUGGCCCGCUGGGACUAUCACACCACCCACAUCAACCAGCUCCAGCUGCUCAGCACCAUCGACGAGGCCCCGAUUUUCAAAGAGUUCGUCAAGCGGUGGAAGAGCUACCUACGGGGCGGCAGGGCAAAGCACAACUAGAGCUGACGACCAAAACCCCCGUGCCUGCUGUCGGCGGGAAGGGUUGGCUCCUCGGAGCUCGGCGGAGGUACAUUUCAAAAGGUUGCAUACUAAAUUUUUACAGACCGUUUCAAAGAAGUGAUCCUUAGAACUGAUCUCCUGAAAUAAUUGCAUUCCAGUGUGAAAAUAUUUGGGUCUGAUGGGUAGGAUUCGGGAACUUCAGCUCGCUCACCUGUCCUUAGUGCUCCACCGUGAAGUUAGCCGCACGAAGCAAAACCCGUUUGUGCUCCUGAGCUGGGGGACGUCUUUGUUUUUCCGUUUUGCAGGAAAAUAUUUACAGAAGCCAUACAGGUCUCUAAAGUCCAGCACUUGCCUGAAAAGUUAGUAUGUGGCCUCUUUAAAAAUGGAGUUCUAUGUGUAUAUGUUGGAACAGCGUAACGGAUCAUGUGGUGUAAUGCAGUAAAUGUGUAUUUACUUGUAGCCUGGGUAGUGGACAGCGUAGCUUUUUCAAAGUGUUUCUUUUUAUAUGGAUUCUUUUCUUGGGGUGAGAAAUACACAGGUUUUUUUAAUUCUCUAUAUGGAGAUCCUUUAUCUGUAUGGUUUCUUUAAAGAUGUGUGGACAGAAAACCCACAGACAGCGUUCAGGCUUCAGAGUCACAUCACGUUAAGCACAAUUCGGUGGGGCACGUGGGCUGUGGAAAGCCUGCAACCAUGGCACCCCCUUUUUUAUGAAGCCAAAUUUACAAGGUUUGCUGGUGUCACGUCCUCCCUGGUAGCUGGAAUCUCGUGUCGUGGAGCCCAGUGUUUUGUACUGUAUUUUUUAAUUCCAUCCGAGAGGUUUCUGCAAACAUUGGCAACUACAUUCGCUGGGAGACCUGUAGUAAAUUCCUGAACGUGACGUGGAGCUCACUUUGAGUAGCGCACAGGAAAUUUGAUUUGAGAUAGUUAACGUUGUCCUAUGGUGAUUUUCAUUUUUAACCUGCUUAAGUAUAUCCAGCACUUUAAAAACGUAAAUUACCCCAUAGGGCUUUCCAGCUCCGUCUGUGCUUUAACAUCAAGUUUCGCCUCUGCUGGCCGUCUCGCUCGUAACAUCAGGGCUCGUUACGUCCCCAGCCCUGGUUUACUCGGUGUGCUUUGUUGUCGUGGCUCUGCCGAGCGAGCAAGGGGACCUGUGCAAUAACCAAAUGCGUCAGAACCCAAACGCUUUUACUUUACUGUUGUAAUGCAGGAGAAACCAGGCGGUUUCUUCCUCGUAUUUAUAAAUCCUUUACACCCACCACGGGUCUGCCUUCUCAGCAUGGAGGUUCCUGGUUGAUCCAGAAGAGUAAAACCAACUGAUUGCAUCAUUAGAUCGGUAUUGUUUAGUUUGGUAGCGUAGCAAAUAUCAGGUCAUCAGCUCUGUUAAGGCAUGCUGGUGUUUGCUUUCCGAGUCCCGGGCUCGAAAGCUCCCGACAUGCACCAGCGUGGUAAGGACAUGUACUAGCUUUGGGGUUUUUCCACUGAUCCUAUUACAUGUUGUAUGUGUAGGCAGGGGUUGAGCUUAAGAUGUUUGUAUGGAGAACAAAGCUGAUUCAAAUCACAAAAACGCUGGGCACAAGGACAAUGUGCAUCUUGAUUUUUGGUUUGUUUUCUUUCUUUUAUAAUGCUUUUUUCUAUUUCUUGCAGAUAUUUGAAGCAACUUUAUAAUUACUUGAUCUCUGCAAACGCAUGCUAUAUGAUCAUAUCAAUUAAUGUGAAAAGUGGAUGUCACAGGAGAAAUUUCAAUACCAAAGUUAGCAGAGGUGAAUUUUUUUAUAUGUAUUUUUUCUUUUACUUACAUGUGUGCACACACACAGAAAACAACCCAGAAAAAUGUGCUUCCUUUCCAAAUGACUGGUCCUCACUACAAACAGAAACAUCUUUCUCCUGCGUGUUUCCUCCGUCUUUUGCCCAUUUUGGAUUUGGGGAAAAUAGAGAGACUAUUUGGGUACUGCUCAAGAGGCAGUACCGGUGCCUUACUGAGGCCACAAUUUCCUCUUUUUUUUGUUUGUUCUGUUUUUCUUUCCCCUUUUUAAUGCCAGUUUAAAAGUGCAGCGAUGCUUCAUUGGAAUCAGCCCAGCAGGUAGAUGAGCUCAGAAGCGAUAGCUGGCAAUGCCAGCGCAGUCGGUCGUGUCAGACCACCUUAUCCUUAAUAUCUCCACUGCAUUUCUGUUGGCCUUUGCACAUGUACAAAUUGAACCACCCACCAUCAGAGGUUGUAGAAGUGAAGAGAAUUAGCGUGUGGGCUUCUCCUUUUUGUUUGCUUGGUUGGUUUUUUUUUGAAUAGAGUUGUGCAGUGGGAGAGGAUUUUUGGACAUCGGUGCCCAUAAUGUCAUCGAAUUCACUUAAAUUUUUAUUCCUGUGCUUUUUCAGUCUUCAAGCUGACAAAGGUCUUAGAGACUAAGAUCUGUUUUACCUUUCCAUGAGGCUUACUGUACAUAGACUUCAUUGGAAACACAGUACGCAUGGGUAUAUGCAAACCAGUGACACAAGCACAACUGUACAAGUGUGGCAGUGCUGUUUUUCUCAGCCAUUGUGCAAGACAUUCACUGAAAGCUGCUAUUUUCAUUCACCUUGUAAUUGUACUUUAUUUUUUCUACAUUUUUACAUGUGGGAUAUACACCAUGUGUUAAAUAUGCAAUAAAUUGUUUACAGGAUGCUCUUGUAAAGGGUAGUCCUUUGUAAAGCUGUACAGACUUUGCAGUUUAAGCACAAUGUGCACAUGUUAGUUUUAUAUACGGCAAGACAAGACUUUUUGCAGAAGGAAAGGUUCUACUAUGUUUAUAUACAAAGUAAAUGGAUCAACGUUUGUGCUUAAUGUAAAGCUGCUUUAUAAGAUUGUAAAAUAAAUUUUUUAUCUUAA